AGGCCCCUGCCCGACUCCCUGCCAGCCCCGGGUCCCUGCACUGCCGACGCCCAACAUGGACAUCGCCAUCCAGCACCCCUGGUUCAAACGUGCGCUGGGCCCCUUCUACCCCAGCCGGCUGUUCGACCAGUUUUUCGGCGAGGGUCUCUUCGAGUACGACCUGCUGCCCUUCCUGUCCUCCACCAUCAGCCCCUACUACCGCCAGCCCGUCUUCCGCAGCGUGCUGGACUCUGGCAUCUCCGAGGUCCGAUCUGACCGAGACAAGUUUGUCAUCUUCCUGGAUGUGAAGCACUUCUCUCCUGAGGACCUCACCGUGAAGGUGCUGGAGGACUUCGUGGAGAUCCACGGCAAGCACAACGAGAGGCAGGACGACCACGGCUACAUUUCCCGCGAGUUCCACCGCCGUUACCGCCUGCCUUCCAACGUGGACCAGUCGGCGCUCUCCUGCUCCCUGUCCGCCGACGGCAUGCUGACCUUCUCCGGCCCCAAGGUCCCGUCUGGCGUGGACGCUGGCCACAGCGAGAGAGCCAUCCCCGUGUCUCGGGAGGAGAAGCCCAGCUCUGCGCCCUCGUCCUAAGCUCGGCCUCGGCCUCGGCUGCCACCCACUGCUGCCCCCACGGCCCAUCCAGCGCGGGGACCCGUAGAAAGUGGGGUGUUGUCUCCCUUUGCUUUCCCUGUUUUCAUUUCCUUUUCCUCCUCUCCGAGGGAACGAGGGUUUGAGAGGGUGGCCUGGAGGGCUUGGGGCCUCGGCCUGAGGUGCUGCAGCCUCAGGGUGACCCAGACCCCCCCGCACCAGCCAGCUGGGGGAAGCCUGAGACAACAGCCCCGGGCUCCCAGAGGAUGCAGCCUCCGGGUCGCCUCUGGGUCUCCAGGGCCGGCCAGGUGCACCUUGACCCUUGCUGGUGGGCGCCCGCAUCAGGACCCGGCCACGUAUCCUGCCCAGGUCUCCUGGGUGCCCUGAGGUCCGUCUGGCGGAGGCUCCUGUGUGCCUGGGCUCUCGGCAGCCUGCCCUCCCAGACCGCCUUCCCUCCACCCUUCCCCUCCGUAGUACCGCUGCUCCUGGGGCACCCGGUCACCCCCGACAAUGCAGCCCGCGGCAGUCAAUAAAGAGCAGGUGACGCAAGCAA